CCUCUUCGUUGCUUCCGCUCACCCCCGCAAACAGCUGCUUUCAGUAUCACGUCGCAAACGGUUUCCUAGGCCGGCUCAGCUGCAGUCCACAGCAGCUAUUAUGUCACUUUCCACUCCUCCCCCGCCACGCGCUGUACCCCUGAUCUUUCCCGCACCUUCUUGCAAUCCGCCCGCCCUUCCCCAUGCCCGUCGCCUGUCCCUGACCGAGCUUUACCAGCCGCGUGGAAUGGAAGAGGAGGUUUGGCUGUGGAGUUCGGGGUUGCAUUGUCCGGGAGAGCUCGCAAAAACGUGCGCUGAAGACCGAACAAACACCAACUGGGGACUCCAGCAUGCUGUGCCUUGAGCUCGCGUAAGAUUCGACCUUUACGAGGACCAGCGACCCGCUUCAAUGUGGUACAGCUCCCAGGGCCAAGGGUCAUGCGACCGUGUGCCUUCGACACGUUUUCUGCAAGUCCACAUACUUCGGUGUUCCCCCGCUGUUGUUCUAUAUAACACAGCCCCCUCCCCUCCACAGAAUCUCUCCAGGCCUCCAGUGUUCCAGUCCAUCCCCAGAUCCAGACAUUGGUCCCAAGACUUGCUCACAUAUCUUUGAAACUUUAUGAAUUUCCUGCGAAAGGUCACCAUGGGCAGUACUCAAGAAGUCUUUGUCGGUUCCAUCGAUCAAGGAACCACCAGUUCAAGGUUCCUGAUCUUCAACAAGCGAGGCGAGCCCGUUGCCUCGCACCAGCUUGAGUUCAAGCAGAUUUACCCGCAUCCUGGCUGGCAUGAGCAUGACCCGCUGGAGAUUGUUUCCUCAGUGGAGAAGUGUAUCGAUGGCGCAGUCCAACAAUUCCAAGACCAAGGCCACAACAUCAACACCAUCAAGGCCGUUGGUAUAACCAACCAGCGUGAAACCACUGUUCUAUGGAACAAGGAGACCGGAGAGCCCCUGUACAACGCCAUAGUCUGGACCGACCUAAGGACACAGGCUCUGGUGCGAAAGCUGAAGCACCGACUCGGGGCUGACAAGCUCACUGACAUCUGCGGACUUCCGCUUUCCACCUAUCCUUCAGUGGGCAAGUUGCUUUGGCUGCUCGAGAACGAGCCCAAGGUUAAAGAUGCUUAUGAGAAGGGUGUUCUGGCUUUUGGCACAAUCGAUGCGUGGCUUGUGUAUAAACUCAAUGGAGGCCCGAAGAGAAACAUCUUCGUCUCUGACCCUUCAAAUGCAUCGCGAACGAUGUUCAUGAACCUGAACACCCUCGAGUACGACGACUCCCUUCUCGACUUCUUCCGCAUCGACACCUCAAAAAUCCAUCUCCCUAAGAUCGUCCAUUCCUCCGACUCCUCAGCAUAUGGCUCCCUCACCUCAACCGUCCUUAAGGGUGUCCCAAUCACUGGCUGUUUAGGAGAUCAGUCGGCUGCUCUGGUCGGUCAGAAGGGCUUCACACCAGGCCUCGGCAAGAACACGUAUGGAACUGGUAGCUUUAUCCUUUACAACGUGGGCGACAAGCCCGUUAUUUCCACCCACGGCCUCUUGACCACCGUGGCGUUUGAUUUCGGUGGCAAUACCAAGCCCAUGUACGCGCUUGAAGGGUCCAUUGCAGUGGCCGGCUCGAGCGUCAAAUUCCUUGUUGACAACUUUGGAUUCAUCGACAAAUCCUCGGAGAUCAGCCAACUGGCCGAGACUGUCGAGGACAACGGUGGUGUCACAUUCGUGACUGCAUUUAGCGGCCUCUUUGCGCCCUAUUGGAUUGACGACGCUCGCGGAACCAUCUUCGGUAUCACAGCUUACACGAAGCGUGGGCACAUCGCUCGCGCAACAUUGGAAGCGACGUGCUUCCAAACCAAAGCCAUCCUGGUGGCUAUGGAAAAGGAUUCGGGCCACAAACUUAGCGAACUAGCCGUCGACGGCGGCAUGUGCAACUCGGAUUUGUGCAUGCAGACGCAAUCCGACCUCAUUGGCAUCCCCGUUAAGAGACCCGCGAUGCGCGAGACCACAGCCCUGGGCGCAGCGAUCGCAGCUGGUUUGGCUGUUGGUGUCUGGGACAGCAUUGACGAGUUGAAGGAUGUCAACAUCGAGGGCUCCUCGGUCUUCAAGCCUGCCAUGAGCAAGCAGGAGAGUGACCAGCAGUUUGCGCGAUGGCAGAAGGCCGUGGAGAUGAGCAAGGGCUGGGCAAACUGAAAUCGAGCCGAGGACCUCUUCAGACGUGUAGAAAGGCUCGGGUCUUGUAGCGUGGUGUCAAUGGCGUUCAUCCGUUGAUGAUGUGUGAUUAUUGCGGUCAACCGAUGUGAAAGGCUCGGGGAAUGAGUGGUUUGGGAUUCCACGGUUUCAGUCGAAAAAGAAAAGGUUCAGCAUAUGCAAUGUAGAGCUACCGAUCAUCCGCGGUAGUCACAUAGGUUGCAGUUUUCCAAAAUUGUGAAGUUGGACGUUGCUCCUCUGA